AUGAAAAACAGAACAUAUAUUAGAGACGUCCGGCCAGGCGUCAACUUUUCUGUGUUUGGGAUUGUGCAGUCGUUCAUGUCUCCAAAGAAAACUGCGGGCUCCGACUAUCAAAUGAUAUUGAAAAUUGAGGACGAGUCGACCACAGACAAUAUUGUAGUAAGCCUGUUUUUGGGCUCGCAGGAGAGUUUUCCUUCGCGUAUUGUGGAAAAACAAACCAUUAUUAAAAUAGAAAACUUGAACAUAAAGGAGACGGGCCACAGGACAAGGCGGCUGAUAGACCGGAACGAGGGGUGUUUCUUCUUCGAUGUCAAGAGAGACAGCGUGGAAUACAUGCCGUACUUUAGAUGCACCAGCAAAGAGUAUGUUGAGGGGCCCGAGGACAGGGACGCGCUCAACAAAAUACAAAGCCACUUUAUGCGUACGAUGCCCAUAGGGCCGGUGCUUCUGUCCAGUGUGAUGAAGGAGGGCACGGUCUUCAGCAUGUACGGGUAUGUGAAGGACGUGGUAAAAAACGAAAAGCUCGCCUCCCUCAUGAUAUGCGACCCAAGCACGCACAGAGAGCUUCGGGUUCGCGUGUGGGAAAGGAGCGACAGCGAGAUCCCGAAGAAGGACAGCUACAUAUACAUAUCGGGGCUGAAGGCGAAGAAGGUCGAGUAUGCAAGCAUUGUUGCAGAUGUAAGCAAAAGCGGAAGCUUCAUCUGGACAGCAAGCGUUCCCAGGGAGGUCUCGCUUCUUCUGUCUGCAUACCAGAUACUGCAGAGCAAGAGCUUUCUGAAGGCAGUUAUGCAGAGAAUUAGUGAAACAGAGACGUGCCGGAGCUCGCACUCUGGAAAAAACAGCAGGCACGCCGACAAAGCCCCAGAGUCUGCUAAAAAGGCAAAAAAAUCCGCGGAGGAUGCGCCCUCUCAGACAGGCCAUGACCUGGACCUUUCCGACGAGAGCUUCAACGAGUAUAUCAACAGCACAUUCAUGGAAGACGCCGAUUUUGCUUCAGGGGAGGCCGCGCGCGCUGAAGAAGGCCACGCAGGCGAAAGCCCCAAUGAAAAAGAAAGCACUGCGGCCGAGGUGCUAGGGGCCGGCGAGAAGAAAGACCUGAUCUAUCCGGUAAAGAAGGCAGUGUCGAUUUCCAACGCGUUUUCCAGGCUAAAGGAGAAGAAGAAAGGCGUUGCUGCGUGCCCCAAAGGCCUUUCGCUUUCCGAUGUCAUAGCAGGAAAGCCGUGCCAGCUGUCGUUUAAGGAGACAGACCUGAUAUACGACGAGCUUAUAAGGCUGCCCAUCAAAGCAUACCACACAAACUUGCAAAACGGGUCUGUAUCGUUUGACAAGCACGCCCUCCUUUACCUAGACCCCCACGCGGCAGGAAAAGACCAGAUCCGCAUACAGCACGUGGCUUUCUAUAAAAAGACCGCAGUGGUUUUCCACCAAGCACACAGAAGCUCUAAGCAGGCAGGGCAAAUAGCAGGGUACAUCCUUUUUUUAAGCAGCAAGCAGCCCACGGUGCACGCCUUUCUAUACAGGAAUGUAGAAUAA